AUGACUACUGGGAAAUUCUUAUCAUUUUUAUUAAUAAUAACAGCUUUAUUAAGGGCUACUAACGGGUUACCCGUUCCCUCUAAUAACCAAUUUUAUUAUGCAUCACAAGGUAACAUAAACAGAGACUUGAAAAUAGGUGAUUUAAAUUUUAUACACACUACUGAUACACAUGGUUGGUUAGGUUCUCAUCCAAAUGAAAUUAAUUACAAUGCAGAUUGGGGCGAUUUCAUCUCUUUUACUGCCAACUUAAAACAGACAAUUACAGCCAACAAAACUAGAGAUUUUCUUUUAAUUGAUACUGGCGACAAAUAUGAUGGAAAUGGACUAAGCGAUGCCUCCCUUCCACAUGGGAAAUAUUCUACUGCAAUUUUUAAUAAACAAGAUUAUGAUUUGUUGACGUUGGGAAACCACGAAUUAUAUACAGAGAAUAAUACUAUAAUGGAAUAUUAUGAAACUGCUAAAAAUUCUAAAUUUAAAGGUAAAUAUAUUUCUAGCAAUGUUGAAUUCGUAGACAACAACCUUGAUGGGAAAUUGGUACCAUUUGGCGAUAAAUAUGCCUAUUUUCAGACAGAAAAUCUGAAGAAAAGAAUUUUGGCAUUUUCCUUUAUCUUUGAUUUUCAACGAAUUAACAGCAGAGCAAAAGUCACUCCUAUUAAGGAAGAAAUCACUAAAGAGUGGUUUCAGCAAGUGAUCCAGAGGUAUGAUGAAACACAAGUAGAUUUAAUUAUAGUUUUUGGACAUUUGCCCAUUACAGAUGUUGAAAACAGGGAAAUUAACUAUUUGCAUUCUUUCUUAAGGUCUGUGUAUCCUAAUAUCGUGAUUCAAUAUUUUGGCGGACAUUCUCAUAUUAGAGAUUUUGUACAAUUUGAUGCAAAGAGCACAGGUUUGCAAAGCGGAAGAUUUUGCGAAACCGUCGGAUUUUUAUCCAUUACAAACAACUCAAAAGAUGAUUCUUUUCCUCAGUUCCAUAGAAGAUAUAUUGAUUUCAAUUUAAGGUCAUUCAACUAUCAUUUAUCCAACUUGGGUGGUUUAAAUAUUGAAAACUCAAAUGGCGCUGAAGUUUCUGAAGAAAUCUCAAAAAUAAGAAAGAAACUAAAUUUGGACGAGGUUUACGGCUAUAUUCCACAGAACUAUUAUAUGUAUUAUGAACCACUAACUUCCAAAAAAAAUAUUUACAAUUUACUAAUCAAUAAGAUAUUGCCAACACUUGAGGUAAAGCACCCUACUAUUCCACGUUACAUUAUGAUAAACACUGGUGCUAUCAGAUAUGACCUAUAUAAGGGGGUUUUCACUAAAGAUACACAAUAUAUUGUAUCACCAUUUGGGAACGAAUGGAAUUAUAUUAAAUUGCCCUCAAAACUAGCAUCUAAAAUUUCCGACAAAAUCAACAAAGGCCCUGUAGUGUUGAAUAUUCCUGAAGCACAUAUUUUCGACAUCUCAGAUGACGGUAAGUGCCCGUUUAGACAUAAAAAGGGCCUGGUCAAAGGUUAUACCACAUACGAUAGUUACGGUUGUAAAGGCGAUGACACCAUACAUAAUAGCUUAGGUUAUUAUGAGGUACCAAAUGUUAUUCAAUAUACUGAUGAUACUACUAAUGAUGAUACAUUAGUUGAUUUUAUAUUUUACAGUUUUUUAAAGCCAAAUAUUUUAUCAGCAAUAAAUAAUAUCAAUAAAGACAUGAAAGUAACGAGUCAUUUUUUUACAGAUGAUGACUGUUUUUACUAUGGGGGGUUGAGUACUCAAGAUUUGUUAAGACGUUAUUUUGAGCAGUUUUUAUAA